AUGCAAAAUGCACAAACAAUGUGUAUGGCUAUUCUGCUGCUAAUCGUUGGUUUCGUCGGUGCCGAAAACUUGCUCUUUUCAGAUUGCGGAGUUAGAACAUCCCGUCGACAACCACGCAGCCAUCUGACCAAAGUUCCUAACACCACGAAUUCCAACAGCUCCAGCCAUAUGCCAUUUGUUCGAAACCCAAAAAUAAUGCACGGUACACCAACGAUCGAAGGUCAGUAUCCAUGGCAGGUGUCGUUGGAAUUGCUGCAUCCAUCGUAUGGCUUCAUUGGCCACUGGUGUGGAGGUGUCUUGAUUGAUCGAAAUUGGGUUUUGUCUGCUGCUCAUUGUAUUCACAAUGAUUUGUUUAACUUGCCACUUCCCGCUCUCUGGACUGUAGUUCUUGGAGAGUACGAUCGUCGCUCUGAAUCUGGCUUUGAGCAACGCAUACCAGUUGAUAAAAUAAUUUUGCAUGAAAAAUAUCACAAUUUUAAACAUGACCUGGUACUGCUGAAGUUGGCAAAACCCGCCAAUACGUCUCCCAACUCCAGAGUAAGGAAGAUUUGUCUUCCAUUUGCGGAUUUUAAAGUAAACAGCGUACCGUUCGAUCCAAGGCCUGACCAACAGUCAAAGUUGAAGCAGAGCAAUAAACCGGCUUAUUUCUUUGAUCGCGACUCAGAUGAGCCAGCCCAACAAACAAGCGAAUCUUCGGAGCUUCCGGAUGCAUUUCCAGACUCAAUCCCAUUUCGAGAUGAAAACUUUUUGCGAAAUUUUAAAAAAUCUUUCGAAUCGAAUGCCUCAAGUGACCAGCGAAAGCGAUCACGAUCAGCACGAUACAUGGUGAGCCAUUUGGUUGCAGAAAACCUUCGAUCCAACCGCACCCAUGGAUCCACCGAUAGUGAACAAAGGGAUGUAAACGAUACGGACAGAGACCAUAUCUCCCAAUUGAGCCGAACUAUCCGAUCAUCAAGACGACUGUUUACGCUGGACAUGUUUGGGCCAGACAGAACCCAUCAUCGACAAGGCAGCAAUGAAAAGCGAUGGAUGUACCUCCCAUUCACGGGAAACACUGUCUUGGCCAGCAAUUUGCCAUCCCAUCAUCAACAUCACCGUGCAAAUUUAAACAGCAAGUUCGGCAACAAUAGACGACGAAACGAUAAAUUUUCCCAUGCUCCAGUUUACUAUCGGAAAGAGCCUAACUACCGAACCGAGGACGUCAAUGAUCCCAUACCCAUCGAGGGUGAUGUACCGAGUGGAAUUUUCGAUCCUGAAGCCGACAGAGACCUUGCCCCAACGACAGGUGCAAUGCCUGAUACAUCACAGUAUGUUGAUUGCCUGGCAACAGGCUGGGGAAAAUCGACAAUCGAUGACGAGCUGACCGAUGUCUUGCUGCAAACGCGCGCACCGAUUCAGAGUAGUAAGAAAUGCGAGGAAGCGUACGGGGAUUUCAUCAAGCUUCAUCGAGGUCAUCUGUGUGCCGGAAACUUGGACGGAGCUGGUGGCACGUGUGUGGGGGACUCUGGUGGUCCUUUGCAGUGCCGUAUGAAUAAGCGUGGACCCUGGAUAUUGGUCGGAAUCACAUCGUUUGGAUCUGGUUGUGCUUUCAAAAACUAUCCGGAUGUAUACACAAAAAUCUCCUUCUACCGACAAUGGAUAGUGGAAACAAUUCAAAGCAACUGAACGCGUUCGCUCAGAGAAGCUGCUAUGAUGGUGUUAAUUAGAGCAAUAAUUAAUGAAAGAUUCCAUAUGGAUAUGGAAAUA